CUCAAAGCAAUAGCAAGGAAUCUGAUUCAUAUUCAAUUUAUAACUGUACCUGUUUUCAAUUAGCAACACAAUGGAACAUGAGUGUGAAGUCAAACACUUCCAGUUCAAGUUCCUUCCUAAAAUCAUUGUUGGUAAACAAACAGAUGUCGAGAGAGGCCAACUCAUUUCUUCUACCAAGUUUGGACAUAUCAUAGUAUCACAGAGCAAUGAGGUUACAGUGUACAAGAAGGUUGAUAUUCACAACAUUUUCGACAAAGAAAAAGCCUCAGCAUGUGUUGGCGCACCCCACCCAGUAUCAGUCAUGUCAUUUGACACUAAAGUGACUCAUCUAACAGUUUCUUGUGACGACACGAUGUUAGGUGUUGUUACGGAGGACAAUAAGAUAUCACUAGUUGAUGUUAGGACACUGAAUAGUGAUCCGGCUGUUUUCUCACAGGCUUCACUCUCUGCUAAAUGUGCUGGAUUGAUGUGGAAUCCUGGUAUACCCACACUGUUAGCCACAGCCACAGUGACCGGUGAGGUUACAGUGUGGGAGGUCCGUGUGGACUCUAUUGUGCAGGCUAGCACAAAACAGACAUUCGGGGCCAGUUCUCUUUGUUGGAGUUCAAAGGGUAAACAGUUGGCUGUCGGUACAAACGACGGUAAAAUCUUCAAUUUGAAACCAACUCUGGACGAAGCUCGAUGCACUCAAAACCCCCCACUUUUUAAUGCUCCUGCACUUGUCAGGGAUAUUUUUUGGAUAAGCACAUUCGAGUAUGUCGCUGUUUACGAAAGUAGUGAUGUUAUCAAGAUCGUUCAUGUUCAGAAUCAAAAGGACAAAAAAAUCCCAACAAAGUUCACUGAUUUCGAUGACAUCUUCUACUCAGAACCAGGACGUGCUAUAUCAGUCCUGAUGAGCCAAAUCCUUCCUUGGAGCACACUCGUUCUCGGCUGCAGUCGUGGAAUGGAGUUGGGUGUAAUAGGAGAGCCUCCAGGCAAAAAAGGACAGUUUCUCUUCAACCUGGACGAGGGUUCUCGUGCUGAAAUGCCUUUCCAGGAUGGAGAACCAAGCUAUCCCGUGGGAAUGUGUGUCGAUUAUAACUACAACAAGCCCACUGUGAUCGGGGAGAAAUCUAUCCCUCCUUCCCCUGUCCUUUUUACUCUGACUUCCGAGGGAGUUAUUUGUUCUUUUAAGCUGCUGAACUAUACCGCUGCCGAUACUCUUGUAACUCCUCUGGAAGCACCUUCUCUGGCUCCUCCAUCUCGAACCAAAUCAAUUGUGAAUGUCAAGAAGUUGCCUUCUGCAGCUCCUGUUAGUGCAGCGCCUUUCAACACUGCUCCACCUGCUGCAGCUCCACCCAGUGCAGUUUCAGCUAAACCGUCUCUGUUCAACGCACCAGCGCCAUUUCCUUCCCUUGGAGCACCAAGUCUUGCUUCAACUCCUGCUGCUGCUCCUUCAUUGCCUUCCUUUGCUGCACCAAAUCCUGCACCAAAACUUGCACCAACUCCAAGCUUAGCUCCUUCCUUUGGAGAAAGCAAACCUGCUGCUCCGGUUUUUACAAAACCUGAAAUCCCAAAGAAUCCAGUGGUUAAUUUAGUCAAAGAACCGCUCUCAAGAAAACCAUCCUUGCCGAUAGUGAAUAAAGCUGUUGAGAAACCGGUAGCUGUAGAUAAGAAGAAGGACUCUCAGGAAAAUCAAGCCAAUUUGGAUAGUAUAUUUGCCAAAAGCAUUGAUGACGAGGUCCUCAACUUCAGCCACCAAAUUGAGCAACACAAAGCUUCUUCAAAAAGAUUAGAUGACGUUAAAGAUAUUCUUAGUAAAGAUGAACUUAAAGAGUUUGGCAACAAGGUUAUUGCUCUGGAAAAGAAACUUUCAAAGGUACACAGCACUCUUCAUACAGUGAACAAGGACGUCUCUGGUGAAAAGGAUACGUUACUUGUUGCUCUUGCUUCACUUGAAGAAGCAAAGGGUUACUAUAACUGCUACAAUGAUCCAUCAUACAUUGCACUUCUGAAAUCGAAGCCACUCGACAAAAUGACUCGCAAGCUAAAAGAUGAUCUGUUUUCGAAGUUUGCUCAAAUGCAGAACCUCAUUGAUGAGCUGAACAUUCAGCUGGAUACAGAGUGGGAAAACAUGCAUUCUAACAAGAAGACAACUCCAACCUCACGAAUGAUAUACAAGACACUGUCCCAACACAGGACUAUCUCCAAUGAGCAGGAGAAAACUAUUGACACUUUGUUGAAGCAGCUUGGUAAUGUGACCUUGAAGCCAAGAGAAGCCUCACCAUCCCCUAACAAGUCGGUCAUCACCAAGACCAAGACAAUUUCCCCCCAAAAGCAAAAAAUGUUACGGGGAAUCUUUCAAAACCGACUUCCGACGUCAAAGAUUGUAACUUCUCCAGCCAAAAUGAAUAUUUCAAGUUUCAGUGCCAGCUAUGCUAAACCACCGGCCUUACCCCCAAUGUCAGAAAACUCUGAGCCCGAAGAUAAUGAAGCUGAGAAAGAGAAUCUAAACCUAAAUAGCUCAAUCAGUGGUAAACCUGAACCACUAAAAUUUGGGAUCCCUUCUCUCCAAUACAGUGAAAAGCCCAAGUUUGACGUUGAUGAUCCAACCAGGCUGCUGGGUGGCGAGGAAAAAGUACCAACAGUAGUUCUCAAGUACAUGCCUUCAACCCCUCAAGUGCUUCCCAGUGCUGAGGAAAAGGCCAAGGGCGCUCAGGAGUUGGUAAGCAAGCUCAUGGACUUUGCUCAGAAGGAGAAAGAUUCCGGGACAGGUAAUGCAGAUGCCACAUUCGCUCAAAUGUUUGUCCCUGUUAUGAGGACCAAAGGCCCUGUGGCUCCUGGUCAAGCUCCAAAUGCAGUAAUUCAACCUGUAUCUACUGUUAAGGAUACUGGUUUGCAGGAGCCAGUGAGUACCGUGCCCAAGAGUGGAGGAUUGUUCACUGCCCCUGCCUCAGGGACUCCUUUCUCGCUUGGUUCUGGAUCUUCUCAGACUAGUUCUUUGUUCGGGCUCCCCAAAACCCAGUCCACUUCUCCUCAGCCCUCUGGUUUGUUCAGCUUUACUUCUUCUAAGCCACAAAGUGUAACAAAAACUCCAGUAGUCGAUGCUAAAACCAUGUUUGGGGCUCAACCUAAUGCCCAAAGUACUGGGAGCUUGUUUGCUCCCGUAUCUACCCCUCCUCUUAACGCGGCCCAGAUUGGAGCUAAAUCUACACCAAUUCUGGUCACACCCAAAGCUACAACUCCUCCUACAACAAACAUUUUCGGCACUCUAAAACCUGCAGCAGAGCCCCCUAAAUCCCCUGGCGGUGAUUUUCCUGUAUUCGGAGUGCCAGCUUCUCAGUUUGACAAGGAAAGAGAGAGUCCCUCUGCCGGACUUCCCGACUAUAACGAAUCAUCUGAGGAAUCCUCAACAACCUCUCUUACGUCUUCUACCACCGAGGCAAAUAAUGGUGCUACUGUAGAUGUAGAGAGUACGGAACAAGAAAAUGUGGUUCAGGAGAAAGCUGAACCAAAAGAAGCGCCAAAUAUCUUUAACUCAGAUAAUAGUCCAGCUAAACCAGCGCCCUCCUUUGGCUCCUCUACUGGUUCUCCUAAAAACUUAUUUGCAGCUGCACCCUCUUCCGGGAAUAUAUUUGCCAUGGCUAACUCCUCCAGUCCAUCAAGCAACAUCUUCACUUCCUCAAGUUCCAGUGGAAAUAUGUUCGGCGGGUCUGGAGGAUCCACUGUAGGAUUCUUUGCUCCAGUCAGCAAAGCAGCGGACGAUCAAAAGAAAGGUAGUUCGCCCAGUAUCGGUGGAAGUCUAGUUAGUAGUCAGGAAAAGUCACCAGCAACGCCGCCUCAAGCAGCGGCGGUAACCGCUGCCACGCCACCUCAGGCUGCUGCUGUGGCUGCAGUUCCUGCUCCCGAGACCACAACCACUCCUCAACCCUCUGAUAAUCUCUUUACAACUGGAGUCAAGGAUGAGGAGAAACCUACAUCUGUCAAAAACCUGUUUGGGUCUGAUUCCAAAGAGAAUGAAGGUGAAAGUGAGGGCGGAUUAUUUAGUCUGAAGAUCUCAUCAGAUGACACCAAAUCCUCAACCUCCCCUAAGAAUCCCUUCGGUUUAUUAGAAACAAAGAGCGCCGCCCCAGAAUCUGGUGGCUUGUUUGGAAGUAUGCCAGCUACUGGCACCAGCAGCCCCUUUACCUCUAACCUAUUUGCCAAACCGGCAACAACUGGUCUGUUCAGCAGUGCACCCGCCAGCACUGUAAGCAGCGGGAACAUAUUCACCGCAGCAAGUAGUGCCACAACUCCAGCUGGUGGAGGAGGAGGAGGAGGAGGACUGUUCGGUAGCACCACUACCACUUCCAGCAGUGGUGGUUUGUUUGGUUCCACUACCUCCACUGCUACAAGCACUACCCCUGCAGCUAGUAGUGGGUUAUUUGGAACCCCUGUAGCAAGCACCCCCUCUUCUGGGCUGUUUGGGAGCACUGCUGCAAUAACCCCCAGCUCAACAGGACUAUUUGGGAGCACUGCUCCCAGCACUGGUCUAUUCGGUGCUGCUCCUUCAGCAGCUGCUCCAGCAGCAGCGUCACCAUUCGGAGGUGCCAGCACAACCACCACUGGGUCAGGUCUGUUUGGUGCUGCUCCCAGUGCACAGCCCGGCAGUGUGUUCGGUGGUGGUGGAACUGCUGGUGGUGGUUUUGGUGGUGCUGCUAAUAGUACAACUGCCGGUGGAUUUGGAGGUGGUAAUACUAAUAUGUUCGGAAAUACUCAAGCACAAUCUGGAUUCGGCUCAACCACAACAAGCUCUGGCUUUGGUGGAACAAACGACUUAAACAGCGGCCAAUCAGCUUUUGGAACAGCCCCAGCAUUUGGUUCCACUCCUUCAUUUGGUACUGAACCAGCUUUUGGUUCAACUCCGUCCUUUGGAGCUCCUGGUGGCUUCGGGGCUCCAGCUGCAUCAUCCUUCGGAACUCAGCCCACGUUUGGUGGUCAAGCAACAGGAGGUGGAUCUGUUUUUGGGUCAAGUUCUGGAUCUGUUUUUGGCGGUGGCGGUGGCGGCGGCCCAUCAUUUGGCGCCGUUGCAGCAACUGGUGGUGGAAUAUUUGGUGGAAACCAACAAAAUCCAGCCGCUCCUCCAGCUGGAGGUGGUGGGAUAUUUGGUGGGAACAACAACCAGGCUGCUCCAACAGGUUUUGGAGCAGCUAACAACCAGAGCAGUGGAGGUUUCCUUGGAAAUACCAACCAAAACAACAACAACAACAGUUUUGGAAGCAAACCAUCCUCCUUCGGGGGUUGGCGAUAGGAAUUGUUAUAUCGAUAGGGCAUAGAAACUAAAUGAAUUUUACCACACUGAUUUGUUGAUAUUGCUGGGUUCGCUCUGUGAUUAAUAUGGUUUCGAUAUAAUUUAUUAUCUUUACAGUUUUAAUAAAUCGGCUGUCUAUCACUUGCUCUGAAUAAACGUGUGAUACUUUAAAAAA